AUGGCAGCCCCUCAGCAGCCAGUGCCUCCAUACGCUUUGGCGCCGCUUCUCAUCCCUACGCUUGGCAGCGACGACGAUGCCGAAUCUCUGCAUCCCGGAUCUCCGGUUGCGAUUCAGCAAAAUGCGCAGCGAUCCAUCCGCUGCUCCGAGUCCGACGGCACACAUCUCUACAUCGGCACCUCGGACGGUCAGAUCCACUCGUUCAACAUCCGCUACCGCAAGUCUGACGCGGCACAAGGCUCGUCACAGCAAUGCACAUACAGCCUCAAAUCGAGCCGCUCCAUAUCCAGCCAUGCGAAACCCGUCGAAAAGAUCGUCCUUCUACGACCCUUCCGCGCAGCUGCCGUCCUGUGCGAAGGUGUCGUCAACUUCUUCUCCACGCCCGACUGGACACCGAUACGCAGUCUGCCAUCCACAAGAGCUGUCAGUACCAUCGUAUUGGAUGACGAAGAGGCGCAAUCCGACACAGGCACCGACGCUGCUGGAAUGAUUAGCGUCUGCCUCGUACGUCGCAAAAACAUCAUCCUCGCCAAAAUCGGCUCAGACGGCCGCUCGGAUCUCCUCUGGUCCACCAUCAAGGACGUGCCUCUUCCCGGCGGCGCCAUCUUUGCUCGUCGCUACGCAGAUACCCUGUGCAUCGCCAACGCCACCGAGUACAGCCUCGUCAACCUCUCUUCCGGCUCCAUCACCCAGCUCCAUCUGCCCAUCAGUCAGACCGGCGAGUCUCCCUCCGCCCAGGUCAGGCCCAGCAUCGUCACGGUUCCUGUCCAGCCUUCUUCGCUCAGGCAAGGCAGCGUCUCCCCAGAGGUCGGCCGCGGCUCCAGCGCUGCCGCUUCGCCUUCCGCCAACUGCGAGUUUCUCGUCACGUCGCACAGUGGUUCCAGCACCCUCGGCGUCUUUGUCAAGCCCUCGGGCGAGCCGGCGCCCAAGCUGCUCGAAUGGCCGUCGCAUCCCCGCUCCGUCGCCUUCGACGGCAAGCAUCUAGUAUCGCUGCUUCGUAACGAUACCGUCGAGCUCCACCGCAUCCGCUCCGACUCGACCCACAGGCUUCAGACCAUUCAGCUGCCGCCAGGUCUCGAUCCGCGUUUCCUGCAGCCCGUUUCGCACCCAGCAGAUGCACAACCUAGCGCGUCCGACCCAUCCGUCUCUACAAGCAGCGAUCUGGACAUCGUCAAGGUCAACCUCGCCCACCUCGAUGGCUCUGACGCCACCUUGUUGAGUCGCGCUCAGGAAGACCAGCACGCAUCGUCAUCUUCGCCAUGCCAGAUCCUCUUGUGUGGCAGAAACUCCACCUCGGCUGUUCAGCAGGACUCACUGCUAGGCUGGACAUCCCAACAGCUUCGUCGCGGCCGUAUCCGCAAUCUCCGGCAGAGCCUCGCCUCGUACAGAGAGAACGCAAACGAUGAUGCUACCAACUCUAGCGCUUUGCAGUCUUCUCUCGAGGCAUCGGCUGCGCACGCACGCUUGGGCAUCGAACUCUUGCAUCGUGCAGACUUUGCUGCGGCGUCGGAUGUUUUGAGUCACGCCCACCUCGAUCCACGUUGGAUCCUGGGCUGCUUCCCAUCUCUGCUGCCCGAGGGCCAAGCGCUGGGAGAGGCCAUUCUACCGGCACUCCUGCUCCCCGAUCUCGAAAAGUUGAAGCGCAAGGAUGGCAACGGCAUCCAAAGCAUCGAGAACAUCAUCGUCGCCAACCUCACUCUCAACUACUCUCCUCCUUUGGACGUCGACAAGGACCGCGCCCUCUCGGAACUCAAGCAAACACUGCUGCACCGUUCCGACGCAAUGCUCCGUCGUCUCUUGGAGGACUGGCGUGCAGCUGCCGUCGACGCAGCACAUCCAUGGGCUGGUACAUACAUGGACGAGCACAUGCUGGCCAACGUCCACAACCGCGUCGACUCGGCGUAUCUUCACCUGCUUGCGCAGGGCCGUGGGACGGACAACCCAGAUGCAGCUUCGAUCAAGCGCGAGAUGGCGGCGUUCCUCGACUCGAACCACGCUUGCGAGCCUGCCGUGGUAGAGAAGCUUCUCAAGGACAAGGGGUUCUUGCUGCUCCUCGCAAGACACUAUGAAUCGGUCGGCAACGUCGAGGGGGCGCUCAGCAUCUUGGCGGGCUUGGUGGAUGGCAAGCAGAGCGAUGCGCUCGAGCAGAGCAUUGACACCAGCGCUACGGUAUCCAAGAUCGCCGAUCUGCUUUCUGGACAGCAGGAUGCCAGCUUGGUCUCCGAGUACGGUCGCUGGCUUGUGCGCAAAGACCCUGAAGCUGGUAUCCGCAUUCUCACCGCCCAGACUGCUGCGUCGGAUUCCGCUGCGACCCAAAAGACGCCCUCGCGAAGCAAGGCGCAGGAGCUGGAUGCGAUCCGAUUGCAGAAAGCGACCAUCGACGAGCUGCGCCAGAUCGAUGCGGACGCGGCGACCAAGUAUCUCGAGGUGGUUGCGCUGUCCACGUCCAAGGUGCAGGACGAGCAGAUGCACCGCGAGCUGGCGGCGGCUCUCAUCCGGCGCGUCGCCAAGCAUCUCGAGGAUGCCGAGUACCGAACGAAGAUGGAGUCGAUCGAGCACGAGUAUGCGGACGGCUCGUAUGCCGAGUCGUUCUUUGCGCACCUGGCGUUGGCGUGCAGCGGCUCGAGCAUGGACGUGGAUCGACUCAAGCUGUCGAUGCUGCUGCAGGGGUCCACCAUGCUGGACUACGGCGCGGUGCUGUUGAUGAUCGAGCCGCUGCCGACGCUGGCGUACGAGCGUGCGAUUGUGUUGGGUAAGCUGGGACGCGAUGCGGAUGCGCUGUCUCUGCUGGCCAUCACGCUGAGGGAUGCCAACAGUGCCGAGGCGUACUGCUCGCAGGACGGUGAGGUGCUUUCGCCCAUGCUGGCAGCUUCUAUCGCCGAGGACCACGAGGAGUUGCGUCCGUUUGCAGCGAUGCUCAGCCGCACACAUGCACAGCGCAUCAAGACACAUGCCAAGCAGGAGCAGCAAGCUGGCCGCACAGGGGCAGCACAGCGAAAGCAGACGCUGCUCAAGGAGCUUCUGUCGGUGUACAUGGCGAAUGGCGCACACGAAAAGUUCCGCAUCGCUACGGCGCAUUUGCUGAAUACGCAGGCGCUGCACCUCGACAGCCAGCAGGUGCUCGAGCUGGUGCCUGCCGAUUGGUCGAUCCAGACGCUCGAGACGUUCCUCACGCAGAGUCUGCGACGUCAGCUUCAUCGCCGACGCGAAGUGGCCAUGCUGCGCAGCAUCGCAAAGUGCCGCAGCCUCGACCUGGCCGAAGAUCUGUGGGCACGUCAGCGCGCCAUGGGCGGCAUUGUGCAAGAUACGGAUUUGGGCGGCGCCGAGGACAGCGCUGCAUCGUUCGAUGCCGUACACCAGUCCAGCCUGGCAGAAGGCAAAGCACACUUGGACGAUCAGGACAGCAACGCUCAAAGCGAAAAGCGGCGAACCGGCGGUCUCGAUACGAGCGACCGAGCAAAAGUGGAGAUUGUCCACGCCGAUUAUAGCGCCCCCACAUCUGCUGUCGUCUACGCCGAGCGCGAGGACGGUGCGGACGGCGAUCUUGGCUGA